ACCAGCAGCAAGCUCUAACCUUCCAUCAUUAAUGGCGCCCACCCAUUUCUCUCUUUUCCAUCCCAUCUUCUUCUUCUUCCUCUCUCUUCUGUCUUUUUUACUCCGACAACCCAUUUCUCUGUUCUCUCUUCUUCUUCUUCUUCUUCUUCAACUCAUGCUCUCCGGCAUGACCUCACUUCUCAGAGCAGCCAUCAUCAUCAUCACCACCUUCAUUCUUUCUUUCUCCCACGCCUCCAUCGACACCGAAUUCGUCCACCCAAAUCGCACCUACUCCUAUUUCAAACUCAUAGACCAGUCCGGCGUCUUCUUAUCAUCCCCCACCGCUAAAUUCAUAGCAAAAAUUACUUCAAAACCCACAUCAUCUUCCUUCUAUUUAUCCGUCGUCCACUCCUCAACCAACACCCUAAUCUGGACAGCCAACCGCAACCAAUCCAUUUCAGAUUCAGGUAUAGUCAACUUCACUUCCAACGGAAUUCUCGUCGCCGACGAAUCAGGAUUACAUGUUUGGUCCACGCCGCCCUUCACUUCCCCUGUUUCUCUCCUCCAGCUUCAAGAUUCAGGAAACCUUCUUCUUCUCGAUCAAUCAAAUAAAACCCUCUGGCAAACCUUCGAUUGGCCUACGGAUACAAUCGUUUCAGGACAACGUCUUCUCGUCGGAAAAUCACUGAUAGCCGACGUUGAUGAUGAAAACCAAUCGGAAAGUGCUGCUUAUAGAUUUACCGUCACCGGAACUGAUUCAAUUAUGCAGUGGCAUGGAUCGAGUUAUUGGAAAUUAUCGAUGGAAACAUUAGGGUUUAGGGAUUCAACUAAUUCCCAGGUUUCGUUCAUGGAGAUUAACGGUUCAGGUCUGUAUUUAUUCGGAGGAAAUGAAUCAGUUAUCAUGAUUCAAUACCCCCUUGACAAUUCAAGUUCAAUUCGGAUCGCUACUCUUGAAUAUACAGGUCGAUUUAGGAUUGGUACACUUGGAAGAAGAAGUGGAGAGAUAUUCAACGACUUAACUUGGCCAGAUGAAGAUUGCAGGAUCCCGUUCUUCUGCGGCGGAAUGCGCCUCUGCUCCGGCGGCGUUUGUUCUUGCCCGUUCGGUUUCCGCGCUGGAUUACAAACGCCGAAUAGUUGCGUUCCGUCUGACGCUUCAAUCUCUCUGCCGUCAGCCUGUAACAAUUCAAGCGAUGGUGAAAACGAAAUCGAAAACGAGAUCAAAUACAUAAAACUCGUGAAUACACAGUAUUUCUCGAAUAAUUUCAUCGAUCCAGUGAUCGAGAAUGUAAAUCUAUCUACCUGUGAAGAUCUCUGCUCCGGUAACUGCUCUUGUUUAGCCGUUUAUCACAGCGAAUCAUCCGGAUCUUGUUAUCUGAUCCAAAACUACAUCGGCUCGUUCAUUUCAUCUUCUUCAAAUAAAGAUCUGAUCGGCUACGUUAAAGGUCAGGUUCAACUUCUUCCCUCCGCCGGAAGUAAUCGUAACUUCUCCACAGCCGCAUUGAUACUGAUUCCUCUCUCCGCCGCGUUUCUCUUGAUCGUAGUAAUAACCGUCGGUCUCCUCUACAGACGAAGAAAACUUCAAUCGAAAUCGAAACUUACUCGUAACCACUCCUUUUCAUCAUCGGAAAACGAAUUCGAUACCUUCGCGAUCCCCGGCUUGCCGGUGAGAUACGAUUACGGCGAGCUAGCAAUUGCGACUGAGAAUUUCAAAACAGUAAUCGGUUCAGGCGGAUUCGGAACAGUCUAUAAAGGAACGCUCAGCGAUCAAACAGUGGUUGCGGUUAAGAAGAUGAAGAAUUUAGGUGUUCAGGGUAAAAAAGACUUUUGUUCAGAAAUAGCGGUUAUUGGCAACAUUCAUCACGUAAAUCUAGUUCGUUUAAAGGGUUUUUGUCUUCGAUCGAGACAGCGGUUACUCGUGUACGAGUACAUGGACCGCGGUUCGCUCGAGAAGACUUUGUUCGGGUUAGGCGCGGUUCUAGAGUGGUCUGAGAGGUUCGAUAUUGUUUUAGGUAUGGCUCGAGGUUUAUGUUAUUUGCAUUUUGGUUGUGAGCAUAAGAUAAUUCAUUGCGAUAUAAAACCGGAAAAUGUACUAUUGCAUAGCAAUUUGCAAGUGAAGAUAACUGAUUUCGGUCUUUCGAAGUUGUUGGGGCCAGGGCAAUCUGGUCUUUUCACGACGAUGAGAGGUACUCGAGGUUAUUUGGCGCCCGAAUGGCUAACGAACUCUGUCAUCACGGAUAAAUCUGAUGUUUAUAGUUUUGGAAUGGUUGUUAUGGAAAUGAUUCGAGGAAGGAAGAAUUGUUCGAUUGAGAAGGAGAUUUCCCCUGUUUAUUUUCCUUUGCUCGCGUUGGAAAUGCACGAACUUGGGAGGUACGAGGAAUUGUUGGACCCGAGGUUGGAGGGGCGGGCGAUGGGAUUGGAGUUGGAGAAGUUGGUGAAAUUGGCAUUGUGUUGUGUUCAUGAAGAUCCGGUUUUGAGACCGAGUAUGGCCAAUGUGGUGGGAAUUUUGGAAGGGGGGAUUUUGGUUAGUGAACCGAGGAUUGCAUCGUUGAAUUUUUUGAGGUUUUACGGGCAGAGAUUUGUCGAGGCGUCGACGGUUCAAGGGAGGAGCGACGAGCUCGAGUUCUUGAUGUUCCCGCAGCGGCAGCAGCCGGAUUCGAAUAUGAAGAGCUCGACUAGUGGCUCUAAUGGUUCACAAUCUUACAUGUCGGCUCAACAACUUUCUGGUCCAAGAUAAUGUAAUGUAAUAUAAUUUUUUGUAAUUAAAAGCCUUAUUUAGUUAGAUUGCAAAAUUUAAGGGUGAUAUUUUUAGUUGUAUGUCAAUAGAACAAUUGUGUAUCUUAUGUCACUAUAUCAUAUAGAAUUAUUUAUUUUUAACCUGUACAUGUAUUAUAUAUAUAAAUAGGGCCGAUAAUGUUGA